AUGCCCGUCAACAACAGUUCCACCCAGACAGACGACGUCACCGCUCGCGCCGACGCGACUGGCGACAGCGACUCACCCAUCGACCGUAGCUCGCGGAUCAAUGAGCUCAAGGCGACUCAGACGUCACUCGUGGAGCUGAUGUUCGAUUUGGUCAAAGAUAAGGCAGAAAGCGUCGGCAAGGAUGAAUACCUGACGCAGAUGGAGAAGCGGCUGGAAGAGUUGGAGGAGACCAUUCGGCAGCAGCGCGAAUGUCUAGACGAGUCGGAGCGCGAGUGUCAGGAACUGGCUUUUGCAGCGAAGAUGUACAAAGUGAAGAGCGAAUUGUACGAUCGCGGUGCUACUCAAGAGACCACCAUAUCUACGCAGGACGGCUCCGAGCCUGGCUUCCCUGAAUGUCCCAAGCGAAGCUUGGAUGAGAUGCAAUCCGAGAGUGAAAGCCAGCCAGCACCCGCCGCCAAGCGAGUCAAGGUAGCCAAGGAGCGUGUCAUCGUGUGCAUUUUCUGCUUCCGGAACGGCAUGCGGUGUGACUCUGGGGAGCCAUGUCAGAGCUGCCUGAAGAAUCGUAGCAAGUGCCAGCGUGCGAAGUGUGCCAACUACAAGGCUGGCAAAUGUUCCGUCCCAACUUGUACCAGGGUACAUGAAGAUGACGAGCGGAAGUACAAGAGGACCGUGAACGCAGGUCAUGUGGGCAGGAAGGAUACGGGUGGUACGUCCAAGGGCGGUCAAGGUGGCGAUGAAGGAGGGAAGCCUCCAAAGCGCAAGGGCGGUGGUGCGUCAGGUGUACUAGUAAAGGGUUUCUGA